GGAAGCAAAACCCUAGCACAUAGUCAGAAGUAGUAACAAUGUGUGCUGCAGUUCGUGCAUCGAAAGACCUGAGCGUUUUAUUCAGAAGACUGGUUCUGUCGCGCCAGGUGCUGAGAAUACCAGGGUUAGACUUUUCCAGGAGUUCUGUCAUUUCAAGAUUCUUUUGCAAUAGCAGACUCUCCCUGUGGGUGCAGACAGCAGGAUUCCAUGCAGGGUCCCGCCACUGCACUGUGGCGCCUUCAAUCACUGAAACAGAGGAACCAGACUGUCUUUAUAAGAAUGUCUCAGUACUGGUGAAAGGCCAUGACAAAGCUGUGUUGGACAGUUACCAGUACUUUGCAACCCUGUCAGCACAGGAGCUUGGCAUCAACAUUGACAAAGUGUAUGAAACGCCCAAGAAGAUUGAAAGACUGACCCUCCUGAAAUCAGUUCACAUUUUCAAGAAACACAGAGUGCAGUACGAGAUGCGGACUUAUUACAGGUGUAUAGAGCUGAAACAUCUGACUGGCUGCACAGCUGAUGUCUAUUUGGAAUACAUCCAGCGGAACUUACCUGAGGGGGUUGCAAUGGAGGUGACUAGGACAUUAUUGGAAAAAUUACCAGAACACAUUAAAGAACCUGUAUGGAAUACAAUGUCUCAAGAGGAAGAAAAGCAAAGGCAGUGACCUGUAUUAGAUUUGUGGGCAGAAAAAAACAGGUUGCUGCUUCCAGUCCAACACUUCCAGUCUGCUAUGUCUUUGUGUUGAACUGAAAAGGCUGCAUACCUGCCCCCUACAGAUACAAACAAAACAGGCACCUGGCAUCUCCACGUACAGCUUCUCUGGAUGUAUGGUUCUGAUAAACCACAGGAUCUGCUUUCAUUGGGAUCUGAAGAAACAACAGCUCUGCUUUGAUGCUAUUUAGAGGUGGGAGGGGGCCUUACUACUGUUAAUAAAUGUAUUUUAUAUUGUC